GAGCUCGCCACUUCUGCCUUUGGAAAGUGUUUCACAAUGUGUGUGAGGACAGCUGAGAUCAGCUGAGGGUGGAGAGGAGGUGUGGGCUUGCACACAGACGGGCAGGCACCAGCCCUCGGAGAGAGAGUGUGUGUGCUGAGUGGCCGCGAGCAUCCCACUCGCACGCACAGUGCCUGAGUCUGCCAUCCUCAUGACAGGUGACAAGGACCCUCAAAGACCAAGCAGGCCCAACUAUGGCUCCAUCUCCAGCCCACCCAGCUCGGAGCCACACGAGCAAGAAGCUCUUAGAACAACAUACCUGAGUGAGAAGAUCCCCAUUCCCGACACAGAACCGGGCACAUUCAACCUGAGGAAGCUAUGGGCCUUCACGGGGCCCGGCUUCCUCAUGAGCAUCGCUUUCCUGGACCCAGGAAACAUUGAGUCGGAUCUUCAGGCUGGCGCUGUGGCUGGAUUCAAACUGCUCUGGGUGCUGCUGUGGGCCACAGUGCUGGGCCUGCUCUGCCAGCGGCUUGCUGCCCGGCUGGGCGUGGUGACAGGCAAGGACUUGGGUGAGGUCUGCCAUCUCUACUACCCUAAGGUGCCCCGCACGCUCCUCUGGCUGACCAUCGAGCUAGCCAUCGUGGGCUCAGACAUGCAGGAGGUCAUUGGCACCGCCAUUGCGUUCAGUCUGCUCUCAGCCGGACGAAUCCCGCUCUGGGGCGGCGUCCUCAUCACCAUCGUGGACACCUUCUUCUUCCUCUUCCUUGACAACUACGGGUUGCGGAAGCUGGAAGCCUUUUUUGGAUUCCUUAUUACUAUUAUGGCCUUGACCUUCGGCUACGAGUACGUGGUGGCGAGACCCGCCCAGCUAGCGCUUCUUCGGGGCCUGCUGCUGCCCUCGUGCCCGGGCUGCGGCCGUCCAGAGCUGCUGCAGGCCGUGGGCAUCGUCGGCGCCAUCAUCAUGCCUCACAACAUCUACCUGCACUCCGCCCUGGUGAAGUCUCGAGAGAUAGACCGGUCCCGCCGGGCGGACAUCCGAGAAGCCAACAUGUACUUCCUGAUUGAGGCCACCAUCGCCCUGUCUGUCUCCUUCUUCAUCAAUCUCUUUGUUGUAGCCGUAUUUGGGCAGGCCUUCUACCAGCAAACCAAUGAGGCUGCGUUCAACGUCUGUGCCAACAGCAGCCUCCACGACUACGCCAAGAUCUUCCCCAAGAACAACCUUACGGUGGACGUGGACAUUUACCAAGGAGGCGUGAUCCUGGGCUGCGUCUUCGGCCCGGUUGCCCUCUACAUCUGGGCCGUGGGGCUCCUAGCAGCGGGGCAGAGCUCCACCAUGACCGGCACGUACGCGGGACAGUUUGUGAUGGAGGGCUUCCUGAAGCUGCGGUGGUCACGCUUUGCCCGCGUACUCCUGACUCGCUCCUGCGCCAUCCUGCCCACGGUGCUGGUGGCGGUCUUCAGGGACCUGAAAGACCUGUCAGGUCUCAAUGACCUGCUCAACGUGCUGCAGAGCCUGCUGCUUCCCUUUGCUGUGCUGCCUAUCCUUACGUUCACCAGCAUGCCGGCUGUGAUGCAGGAGUUUGCCAAUGGCCGGCUGAGCAAGGCCAUCACAUCCUUCAUCAUGGCUCUGGUCUGUGCCAUCAACCUCUACUUCGUGGUCAUCUACCUGCCCAGCCUCCCGCACCCUGCCUACUUUGUCCUUGUAGCUCUGCUGGCUGCCGUCUACCUGGGCCUCACAGCCUAUCUGGUCUGGACCUGUCUCAUUGCCCAUGGAGCCACCCUUCUGGUCCACAGCUCCCAUCAACAUUUCUUGUAUGGGCUUCUUGAAGAGUAGAAGAGGGGAGAGAUCUCUGGAUGAACUCCCCACCCUGUGACUGGCUGGGGUUUGGGAUGACUGGGGCAGACGGGCCUGCUGGGGUGUGUGUGAAGGCAGCAAGAUGGAGUGGGAGUUUUGGAGGCAGGCCAACCAUUCCGUAGGGACCUGCUGUUUCCUAGGUUGGACAAGUGAUUAACCUCCAGCCUCAGUGUUCUCAUCUGUAGAAUGGGGACAACACCAAACUUGCAAUGGAUGUAAAGCACUUUAACAGUGCCUGACACUUAGGACUUAAAAAUAAUAGUAAUUCCAAAAAUAUUUAUUGAGCGCCUAUAGGAGUGACCUGACGGAGGGACCCAGUUGGGGCAGGACACCAGCUCUAAACCGGCGUGUAGGAUAAUCCGAUGAAUGCUCAAAAAAUGCUAGUUCACUUCUCGUCCAAAAGAGCGGGAGAGCAGAAACCGGGAAAGCA